AUCGAAUUAUUUCAAUUCGGAAUAAUAAACAGCAUUAAAUACCAAAAGUUUUUAACGCUCAAGAAUAUUUGUUAAAAUUACACGUUUGACUGUUUUUCGAUUGUUUGAUUUCAACGAAAGUGGAUAUUUUGAUGUUUAAUCGAUAUAUUAUCAUCACUAAAAAGAAGUGUCAUAAGGAAGAAAACUGUUUAACUUGGUAGUAGAAAGUGGUGAAAAAUUUUGAAUUUUUAAUAUAUUGUGCAAUUUUUAUUGGUGAAAUGGAUCAAUUUUCUCAUGACUUGACAUUAGCAUUAGAGGAAACUUCGUUAUUAGAUAAAGCACGCAGAUGGGCUCACCGACGUCGGACUCGAUCAGCGGGCAAUCUACCUUGUGCACCACAGCCAACAGAGGACUCUUCUAGUCCAAAUGAUACGAUCCAAACAAGUCAAUUUAGUUCAAAUGUAGACGGGUUAAAUGCAAAUAUAGCAAUUGUGAGUGAUUCUGAUGAAAAAGAUGUUCGAUUUCCACGCAAGUUAGGAAGUGAUGUUUUUCAACUUGGAACAUUAGAGUCGGACUCUGUGAAUGAAACUUUUAGUCCCGCAAGAUAUUUUAAACCUAAUGCUCGUAGAAAACGAAAGCUAAAACGUAUGUCCGUUGAGUUUGAAAUAGAUAAUACAAACAGUGAAAAGUUAGAAUCAGAUUUACUCUCAGCUUCAACAACAGGUACAAUACGAAAACGAAUACAUAAACCCGAUUCAAGUAAUCGUUCGAACAUAUUUUUUUGUGGCAAAAGAAAGCGUUCAAAUCGAGAUCGUAACUAUGAUCAUGACAACUACAAAUCACAGUCUACCAGUAUGCCACGUUAUAUCUUUUUCGAUGAGGCUCAAAUGCGACCGCGAAGUUUUUCUUCUACAUCAACUCCACAGAGUGAGCGUCUUUUACCGUUAAAUAAAGGUCUUAUCUCUAGAAUUGAAAAACUUUCGAACCAUAAGACUGAAAGAAUAAAUUCCGAAAAAGAACCUAGUGAACAUAAUUUUCAAGAGAAUUUAAUUGCAAACAAGGUUAAGUCGACUGAACGAUUCGAAACAGGGACUACGUUUACUGAACAUCGGAAAAACAGACGUCGUGCAACACAAACUCAUUUACAAUUUGCUGUAGAUCAUCAUCCCAUGGAUUAUGGUGAAUCAAAUAGUUGUUCAAGUUCAAACUCAAGUUCUUUGAGUUCGACUGGUUCCGAUGACGAUGAUACUGCAAAUGGAACAGAUCGUGAAGGUGAUGAUGAACUUACAGACUGGCCAGGUAAUGAAACUGCAAUAGAUAAUAAAUAUGAUCCUAAGCGUAAGUUAACUAAGAAAAAUCAGCAACAUAUAAAAUUUGAAGAUGGAACUAUAAUAGAGGACGAUAAUGUUAUGUCUCGUAGUUGCGAAUGGUCUAAUAUAAAUAAAAAAGAGCAUUUAGAAGUUCGAUUUCAGCCAUCUGAGCCGAUUGCAAUAUUAAAUAAUAGCUGUGCAAUAUUCCCCACUUCAAACUAUUUUAAAGAUGAUAUUAAUAUAACUUUUAAGCAGAUUGAAAGCGAUAUAUCUGGUGAAACGACAAAUAGACUUUUGGCUUCUUCGUGUAAUCAGACAUCUGAAGUACGUGAAAUCCGCGCUGGUUGUCGCCGUAUCAAAUGUGAACGUCCAGGUUUUAGUAUCAAAACAAGCGCUAACGAAAGACUUGCUCGAUUUUUACAAGAUCCAACACAAACGCAAAUUCGUUUACCGGAUAUAGAAAUUUAUGAGCACGAAAGUCUUAUAAAUUUGUCUACACUUUAUUCUUUGCAUAUGUCUAUAGAGAAUGGAUGUGCUGUGCUUUCUAAAACAAGCAAAACAACACAAAGUGUAAAUAUGGAUCACAAACAUUUGCAGAAUGGAUUAUUUUUAAGGGACUUUAAAAGAAGAUGCUUCGAAAAUGGGGAUAGUUUAACGCCGCCAUAAUGUAAUAAUAAAAGUAUAUUAUUCUUAUUGAUAUAGUUAACAAUAAAUAUUUAUAUAAACUUAUUUGUAAAUAAUGGAAAAAAGAAAUAAUGAACUAUUGUAAAAAUGUUUUUAACUUAUAAAAAUUCGCAUAAUUUUAUAUUAAAAGGAAUAUACAGAAAUUUCA